AUGACUGUUAUUGCUAUAAUAAAAUUGCUCAUAGAGACGCAUGUUAAGAUCAAAGAUGCCAAGUCUUCGGAGCUAAAAGUUCAAUUUUAUUACAAAUAUUUUACUCGUGUAAAUCCUCUCCCGGGUCCAAUACCAAUUCCUUUGAUAGGAACAUUUGAAAUUUUUAGAGCUCGUAUAGAUAUUGAUGCAUGGUUUUUCAAAUUAACUAAAAAAUAUGGGCAAAAUGGAAUAUUUGAAUUAAAUAUUAGUGGUAAUAGACAAAUAGUAAUCACUCGCGCAGAAUAUGUUGAUAAAUUUAUGUCAUCAGCAAAGGAAAAUCUCAAGAAAAAUUUGAAUAGAACCCCCAAUAAUGGACUUAUAAAGUUGUUUGAUCUUGAUUGUAAAGGUGUCGCAUUAAAUUAUGACUAUAAUUCUUGGAAAUUUAAUCGUCAAAUUUUUUCACACGCUUUUAAGAUAGCAUGUUAUUCUGACGAAACCGUUAAAAUAAUAAAUAAUUUAUUUGAAGAAAUGAUCGAUUAUUGGAUUAAUUUGAGAAACCCUAAUGAAAACUCGGCAAUAAUCGAUGCGGCUGCUUGGAUGCUUAGAUAUACAAAUGAUUUUAUUUCCAUAAUUACAACAGGAAAUCGUACAUUUGCGAUUAAAAAUUAUCAUCACAAAUUAAAAACCAACGAAGUUACAAAAGAAGUAAUGGAAUCCGAGAAAUUUAUUGAAUACAUAAGCAACUUCUUGGGUGAUAAUCAAAUUAUAUUUAUACAAAAACAUUUAAGACUACUCCCUUUUGUCAAUGGACGUGUGAAUAAAAUGGCGAAUAUACUCAACUAUAUAAAUAAAAAAUUGCAAGAAGGAAUUAGAAAGAGAAGAAAAGAAGUUGGAAUACUCAUUAAUAAUAGUAAUUUUGAUCCAUCGCAAUUAAAAAAUGAUUUGUUAACAUCCAUGAUCAUUGCCAACACACCAUAUGAAACUAAGCCACAAAAAAACGUUGAUCCUUCAUUAUUAAGGCCAAUGACUGAUGACGAAAUACGCGGUAUUGUGUUUGAUUCGUUUACGGGUGGCACAGAAAGUAAGUUAUUGGAUGAAAUAAAUACGGUUUUCAAAGAUGAUCCAAAUAGACCAAUAAUGAUGGAGGACCUAAACAAGUUAAACUAUUGUGAAGCAAUUAUUAAAGAAACGUCAAGAAUAAGACCUGCAGUUACCAUGACUUCAAGAUACUAUGAUAAACCUGAUGAAAUAGCGGGAUAUAAAUGGCCAGCAGACUCUUUCUUAAUCAUGUAUAUUCGUGGAAUUAAUACCAAUCCACUUUAUUGGAAGGAUCCAGAGAAAUUUAUUCCAGAAAGAUUUUACGACUCUAGUGAAAUUGAAAAUCGACAUAAAUUUGCAUUUCCAAUGUUUGGAGGAGGUUUUAGAAGUUGUUUAGGUAGAAAACUUGCAAUGAUAGAAAUAAAAAUAUUAGUGGCUUCACUUUAUAGAAAAUUUGAUGUCGAACUUGUAGAUAUGGAAGCACCUCUUAACGUUAGUACUUCAGCUAUCACUAUUUGCAAAAAUUUAGAUAUUAGAAUCAUCCCUAAGUAG